UCCGGCGUGGAGUUUGUCACGUGCCCGGAAAUGGGAAGUGGUGGCUGAACGGCUCAAUUGAGCUCGUCCUAGUAGCGGUGGCCGUCCCGGCCUUGUCCGGUCUCUGUCUUGGAGGACCCGCCUCGGCACAGCCGGGCUCGGUCCGGCCUUGCGCUGAUUAAGAAUGACAGCAAUCAAGCAUGCAUUACAAAGAGACAUUUUUACACCAAAUGAUGAACGCCUGCUGAGUAUUGUCAACGUUUGCAAAGCAGGAAAAAAGAAAAAGAACUGUUUUUUGUGUGCCACAGUGACAACUGAACGCCCUGUGCAGGUGAAGAUGGUCAAAGUCAAGAAAUCUGAUAAAGGAGAUUUCUACAAAAGGCAGAUUGCUUGGGCCCUUCGAGACCUUGCUGUGGUAGAUGCCAAGGAUGCUAUUAAAGAAAAUCCUGAAUUUGAUUUACAUUUUGAAAAAGUAUAUAAAUGGGUUGCCAGCAGCACCGCUGAAAAGAAUGCAUUUAUUUCAUGCAUUUGGAAAUUGAAUCAGCGAUAUCUCCGAAAGAAAAUUGAUUUUGUCAAUGUUAGCUCACAGCUCUUGGAAGAGUCUGUUCCAAGUGGAGAAAAUCAGAGUGUGACAGGAGGUGAUGAAGAAGUAGUAGAUGUAUACCAAGAGUUAAAUGCAAGAGAAGAGCAGGAUAUUGAAAUAAUGAUGGAAGGCUGUGAAUGUGCAAUCUCUAAUGCUGAGGCCUUUGCAGAAAGGUUGUCCAGAGAGCUGCAGGUGCUGGAUGGGGCCAACAUCCAAUCAAUCAUGGCCUCUGAAAAGCAAGUGAACAUCCUGAUGAAGUUGUUGGAUGAGGCUCUAAAGGAGGUAGAUCAGAUUGAGUUGAAACUGAGCAGUUAUGAGGAAAUGCUCCAAAGUGUAAAAGAACAAAUGGAUCAGAUCUCUGAAAGCAACCACCUAAUUCAUCUUAGUAACACUAAUAAUGUAAAACUCCUGUCUGAAAUAGAGUUUCUUGUGAACCACAUGGACCUGGCCAAAGGUCACAUAAAGGCCCUUCAGGAGGGAGAUCUUGCUUCUUCUAGAGGCAUCGAGGCCUGCACCAAUGCCGCUGAUGCCCUUCUGCAGUGCAUGAAUGUAGCUCUCCGUCCAGGCCAUGACAUGCUCCUGGCAGUCAGACAGCAACAGCAGCGUUUCAGUGAUUUGCGAGAGCAGUUUGCCCGGAGACUGGCCAGUCACCUCAACAACGUUUUUGUUCAACAGUUUACUCAGGCCCUCCUUCAACUCUAUAACAGGUCCUACUUUCUUUCGGUGCCUGGUCAUGAUCAGAGUUCAACUCUUGCUCAGCACUCUGUUGAACUGGCUUUACCCAACCAUCAUCCAUUUCAUAGAGACUUGCUUCGAUAUGCCAAGUUGAUGGAGUGGCUGAAGAGUACAGAUUAUGCAAAAUAUGAGGGACUAACAAAGAAUUACAUGGAUUAUUUAUCACGACUUUAUGAGAGAGAAAUUAAAGAUUUCUUUGAAGUUGCAAAGAUCAAGAUGACUGGCACAACUAAAGAAAGCAAGAAGUUUGCUACACUGCCUCGAAAAGAAAGUGCUGUCAAACAGGAAACAGAGAGUCUUCAUGGAAGUUCUGGGAAAUUAACUGGAUCUACUUCUAGUCUAAAUAAACUCAGCGUUCAAAGUUCAGGGAAUCGCAGAUCUCAGUCAUCUUCUUUGUUGGAUAUGGGAAACAUGUCUGCCUCUGAUCUCGAUGUUGCCGACAGGACCAAAUUUGAUAAGAUCUUUGAACAGGUACUAAGUGAACUAGAGCCCUUGUGUCUGGCAGAACAGGACUUCAUAAGUAAAUUUUUCAAACUGCAGCAACAUCAAAGUAUGCCUGGAACCAUGACUGAAGCAGAGGACCUAGAUGGAGGAACAUUAUCCCGGCAACAUAAUGCUGGCGUGCCACCGCCUGUCUCUUCUGAGAAAGAUAUGAUCCGUCAGAUGAUGAUUAAAAUAUUUCGCUGCAUUGAGCCAGAACUGAACAACCUAAUUGCAUUAGGAGACAAAAUUGAUAGCUUUAACUCCCUCUACAUGCUUGUCAAAAUGAGUCAUCAUGUGUGGACCGCACAGAAUGUGGACCCUGCUUCUUUUCUGAGUACUACAUUAGGAAAUGUUUUGGUGACUGUCAAAAGGAACUUUGACAAAUGCAUUAGUAACCAAAUAAGGCAAAUGGAAGAAGUAAAAAUCUCAAAGAAGAGUAAAGUAGGAAUUCUUCCAUUUGUUGCUGAAUUUGAAGAAUUUGCUGGACUCGCAGAAUCGAUCUUUAAAAAUGCUGAACGUCGUGGAGAUCUAGAUAAAGCAUAUACUAAACUUAUCAGAGGAGUAUUUGUUAAUGUGGAGAAAGUAGCAAAUGAAAGCCAGAAGACCCCCAGGGAUGUAGUUAUGAUGGAAAAUUUUCACCAUAUUUUUGCAACACUUUCUCGUUUGAAAAUCUCAUGUCUAGAAACUGAAAAAAAAGAAGCCAAACAAAAAUACACAGAUCACCUUCAGUCUUAUGUCAUUUACUCUUUAGGGCAACCUCUUGAAAAACUAAAUCAUUUCUUUGAAGGCGUUGAAGCUCGAGUAGCACAGGGUAUAAGAGAGGAGGAAGUAAGCUAUCAACUUGCAUUUAACAAACAAGAACUUCGUAAAGUCAUUAAAGAGUAUCCUGGAAAGGAAGUGAAAAAAGGUCUAGAUAACCUCUACAAGAAGGUUGAUAAACAUUUAUGUGAAGAGGAAAACUUACUUCAGGUGGUGUGGCACUCUAUGCAAGAUGAAUUUAUACGCCAAUACAAGCACUUUGAAGGUUUGAUAGCUCGCUGUUAUCCUGGGUCUGGUGUUACAAUGGAAUUCACUAUUCAGGACAUUCUAGAUUAUUGUUCCAGCAUUGCACAGUCCCACUAAAAAAGAAGAGAUAAAUGAAAGAAGUGUCUACUAUUUUAUUUAUAUAUAUAUGGGAAAAGAAAAAGAUUUAGGUGCUAGGGAGCCCCUGUUGCUUUACGUCAACAGACUGGGUAGGAGGAAUGGUUAUAUACAACUUGCCUUAUCUGUGUGAUUAAUAACACGAGACCUACCUGUUGCAGGUGGUCACUUGGCCCUAUGUGCUAACAGAGGCAUGUGAAAGGAAGAACAGCAAAUUAAGUGUCCCAGAAAGUGACAAAACCAUACUUUUGACAAGUUUAUUUAAUCCAUUGUGGUAGAAAAGGUACAACUCCAAUAAAUGUAUCAUUAAAUGUUUAAAAAUUAAAAAAAACUUCUGAAGAAAAGAUAAAUGAAAAAAGCACUCUGAGUACACCAGACAUUAUUCAAAAUUAUCAAGUAACUGUUUUGAGAACCCAGACUUAGAACUUUAUGUAUUAUUAAAUGUCAGAUAAAUGGGUAAUACCAUACUACAAAUAUUCAAGAGCAAAAGUACCAAUUUAUGUAGCAGUUUUAUUUGCCCAAUAGGUUGUGUACUAACUUAAAACAUUUGUCUCAUCACAAAAUGCCUUUAGCAUUUUUCUGUGACUGAACAGAAAGUUUUCUUUUAUUGCCUACUUUCUUGUAUUUGUCAGUGGUUGUCCUGUGUGUAAGGCAUCAGGAGUUCUUCAUUUUUCACUAACUCACUAUUGCCUACAAAUCAUGGAACUACUAAAAUAAUUGUACAGAAUUUUUUUCCCCUCUGUCUAACUAAUGUGUAUAUGGAUAAGGGAUCUUGUGAUGUUCAGUUGUAAACUUAGAUUCUGAGAAUUAUGUGACUGUGUGGCAGUGAAUCUGAAAUAAAGAAAUUUUCAAAAAAAUUU